UCGGCCCCCCGCCGCCGUCACCUCCGCUAUUGCUGCUUCUGCUAAUGCUGGGUGUCGGGUACCAUGCCCGGGAGGUGCUGGUCCCAGAGGGGCCUCUCUACCGAGUGACUGGCACAGCCGUCUCCAUCUUCUGCAAUGUCAGCGGCUACGAGGGCCCUGCCCAGCAGGACUUUGAGUGGUUCCUGUACAGGCCUGAAGCCCCAGAGGCCGCGCUGGGCAUCGUCAGUACCAAGGAUGCCCGCUUCUCCUAUGCCGUCUUCGGGCCCCGCGUGGCUGCUGGGGAAGUGCAGGUGCAGCGUCUGCAGGGCGAUGCCGUUGUGCUCAAGAUUGCUCGCCUGCAGGCCCAAGACGCGGGCAUUUAUGAGUGCUACACCCCUUCCACUGAUGCCCACUACCUGGGCAGCUACAGCGGCAAGGUGGAGCUGAGAGUUCUUCCCGAUCUGCUUCAAGUGUCUGCUGCCCCACCUGGGCCCCGAGGACGCCAGGCCCCCACCUCACCCUCCCGCCUGACUGUGCAUGAGGGGCAGGAGCUGGCCCUGGGCUGCCUGGCGCGGACGAGCACCCAGAAGCACACACACCUGGCUGUGUCCUUUGGCCGGGUGGUGCCCGAGGCACCCGUGGGGCGAGCGACCCUGCAGGAGGUGGUGGGGCUCCGGCAAGAUAUGGCCGUGGAGGCUGGGGUCCCCUAUGCCGAGCGGCUGGCUUCAGGGGAGGUGCGGCUGGGCAAGGAGGGGGCUGACCGGUACCACAUGGUGGUGGGGGGUGCCCAGGCAGGGGACUCGGGCACCUACCACUGCACAGCUGCCGAGUGGAUUCAGGAUCCUGACGGUAGUUGGGCCCAGAUCGGGGAGAAGAGGGCUGUCCUGGCCCACGUGGAUGUGCAGACGUUGUCCAGCCAGCUGGCGGUGACAGUGGGGCCUGGGGAGCGUCGCGUUGGCCCCGGGGAGUCCUUGGAACUGCUGUGCAACGUGUCAGGGGCCCUGCCCCCAUCGGGCCGCCAUGCCACCUACUCUGUGGGCUGGGAGAUGGCACCUGCUGGGGCCCCUGGGCCUGGCCGCCUGGUGGCCCAGUUGGACACAGAGGGGGUGGGCAGCUUGGGCCCCGGCUACGAGGGCCGGCACAUUGCCAUGGAGAAGGUGGCGUCCAGGACCUACCGGCUGCGGCUGGAGGCUGCCAGGCCUGGCGAUGCGGGCACCUACCGCUGCCUCGCCAAAGCAUAUGUCCGAGGCUCGGGGGCCCGGCUUCGGGAAGCAGCCAGCGCCCGCUCCCGGCCCCUCCCUGUGCACGUGAGGGAGGAAGGUGUGGUGCUGGAAGCGGUGGCAUGGCUCGCAAGCGGCACUGUGUACCGGGGGGAGACCGCGUCCCUGCUCUGCAACAUCUCUGUGCGGGGUGGGCCCCCAGGGCUGCGGCUGGCGGCCAGCUGGUGGGUGGAGCGACCUGAGGAGGGGGAGCUGGGUACUGCCACCGCCCAGCUGGUGGGGGGCAUGGGCCAGGACGGCGUGGCGGAGCUGGGGGUCCGGCCUGGAGGUGGCCCUGUCAGUGUGGAGCUGGUGGGGCCCCGAUGCCAUCGGCUACGACUGCACAGCCUCGGACCCCAGGAUGAAGGCCUGUACCACUGCGCCCCCAGCGCCUGGGUGCAGCAUGCCGACCUCAGCUGGUACCAGGCGGGCAGUGCCCGCUCGGGGUCUGUCACAGUCUACCCCUACACGCAUGCCCUAGACACCCUGCUUAUGCCCUUGCUGGUGGGCACAGGGGUCGCCCUUGUCACCGGGGCCACUGUCCUUGGCACCAUCACCUGCUGCUUCAUGAAGAGGCUGCGAAAACGGUGAUCCUUCCAUCCCCAGGUGAGGGAGCCAGCCGGACCCCCCAGCCUGCCUUCCUCUGGCCAGCUCUCAACUCUCCUCCCUCCGUCUGCCCCACUGCCCUCCUGUUAGUCAGUUGGAUGAGAGCCAGGAGGGGUCCUCUACUGGGCUCACUCUGCCCCCCUCGCCCGCCCCCCCCCAGUUCUUGCAGGUGUCCUGUCUUCCAGCCCAGCUCCCAGCACUUCUCUGGUUGCCUGGAUACCCUCUCCCUCCGCCCCGGCCCUUCCUUUAAUUUAUUUGACCUGCUUUUGCCCAGAGUGGGGGACAUGGAUCCCACCCCCUACCCCCCACUCCUGCCCUCCCAACCUCCUUCCUCCUCAUCUCACACCCACCCCCUAAAGAGGCCAUCCCAGGUCCAAGUUCGUUUUUCUAAACUGUGAAUAAACUGGUUUUGUACAA